UUAUUGUUCAUCAACGAAUUGUUGAGCGUUAAAACACUCUGAUUCUCUGAAAGCAAAAGAGCGCGGGGCGCAUGGAGACCGGAACUGUUCGCCUUUUGCCACUGGGUGAUAUAUUCCCGCUUCAAGUGAUGUUCCGAAAAGACUAUUGAUUGGAUUGUUGCCUACCGCUGUCACGGACAAUAUUAUUACUGGGAAUUACUUAGUAACCGUUACAGUAUCUAUAGGCUACACGAUGUCUUUGGAGUUGUCAACGAUGAGGUUAAGUUUUACGACAUUGUCGUCCUUGCUUAUUCUCGACCCGGAUAUCAAAACUUCAAUUUAUCAGAUGGUAUGGAAAGGGCGAGAAUGUUUUAACAUUUACGAGUCUACCAUGAGAAACGAAGGAGGCGCCAUUCUUGUUCAGAAGAAGCUCAUUUUGGCAGCGAAAAGUGCGGGAGAUGUCAAUGUUCAAGGCAUGCGAAUAUCUUUAGACGGCAUUACCUUUAAAAUGAGGGCUGUUCGCGAUGCGGCACUUGCUCUUCAAACAAAUGUUCACUCAAACAACGAAUCUUGCCGAGGACGUAAACAAACGCAUGAAACUACCAUCGCUACGGACCAGCUAACUCUGAAAAACAUAGAGGCGGAAAUUCAGGGAAUAAAUUUCCAGAUCGCGUCGUUUGCGGCGGACAUUGUCAGUAUGAACAAUGACGCGGGGACGCUGGAAAACCGGGCCAGAGCGAUCGACAGUGAAGAAAGCCAGAAUGAGGUAGAAGGAUUCUUGGGAAAUGUGGCCUCAGUUAUUGGAAUCGGGCUCGCGCCAUUUACAGGCGGUUUAAGUCUUGGCCUGACAGCGGUCGGAGUCAUCUAUGCGGGCAAAAACUUAAAAGACGCUGAUGACUGCAGACAGACUGCUCGUAAUUUGCGAGCACUUGCACAAACCAGGCGGACUGAUGCCCACAGACUACGAGAACAGAACGCUGCAGCAGCUGGUAGAACAUCCGCUUUGGCACAGGAAAUCCAAGGACUUCAGUCCAAAAAAGUACAACUAGAAAGCACCAUACUUGUCCUGCAGCAGAUGACAUUGGACAUGACGAACCUAGUGAAAUACAUAGAUAGCUCCCUUAACGUGUUUCAGACCAUGGAUACAACGUUCAAAGAUAUCAGUCUUCACUCGGAGUCGUUCCUCAUCAUACAGAACGCCUUGAGGAAACAACCAGAACGCCUUGCCGACAAGGCGCAGGAUGUGCUGGAAGAACUGCAGGGAAAAUGGUCGAACAUGGAAUCUGUUUUAAUUGCAAACGGAGCACGGGCUGUAUUGACAUGUGACAAGAGCGGCAUUAACUGCUAAAUAUCAA